AAACAAUUGAAAAGUCCUACAGCACACUUAUUCAUUUUAAUAAUCAUUAACAAGCAAAUAUAAAUGGAAUGGAAAAUGUAGCUAUAUGGAAAAACCUGCUUGAAACCAAACAAUCUUGCUGAUCUGUUUCAACCAGCAUAGCCUAUAUGUUUACAGAAAAUUGCAAUUUACACCGAACCUUUGUAGAUUAUUAAUUGCUCAAGUUAUGUAAUCUGAUUGUUGAAACGAAACUGCAAUAAAGUUGAACGCAGUUUAUUUAUCUGUGCACCGGCUUGACCCAGCUGGGCUUGUUUAGUGAAUUAAGUAGACGGCUAAGUUGUCUUACUUUCGUUUUCGGAUUUAAGUUUCGUUUCUCUGUAAACACUGUUCUCCAGAUCAGCAAGAAUGACAUUUCUCUAGACCUGUAUACGCUACUGUAAUAUCUAUCACGGUUCACAAUGCUUAAGAGAGCAAUGUUUCGCUGUGGACAGCUGACCUCACGUGUAUUCGCGGUGGAGUUUGAUCGAGCUCAACCUCUUUAUUUCACGCUGAGCUCAAACCCACAAGAGCUUCAUCAUGCUCAUCAGCAGCUCUUUGGAGGUGAUGGGAAGCUCUUCUCGCUACAUGUCCACAGUGACAGCAGAAUUGAGAAAGCGCAAACGCACGCCGAGAUAAAACACAAGCUGUCCGUGACACUGUCGCGAGAUUGCGAUGUUUUUGAAGAGUUUUCUUUUAUGCCGGACGUCAAAAAUAGCGUCGUUAAAUGAUUUUUUAUACGAGACAAGUCCACUACAGCCCUCUCAGAUGACAUAUUAAAGACGCUGCAGCAGAGUCAAUCAGUAUGUGUGUUUUCAUACAAGCGCGAGGGUCUGUACUGCUGGCAGGAGCUGUGGUCACCUGUCAAUCAAGUGCAGGAGUCGACGAGGCAGUACAUCACACCUGCAGCAGCUGCAGAGCAUCACCCAUCCACACUGAACAUCAGGAACUCUGAUGUCUUCUACUGUAUGGAUGAAGCCUAUAACGUUCUUCAGGAGUGCACUGACAUUAUCCCUGAGUCAAAGGAAGUGCUGAAGCUUGUAGACGAACAGUUGGAGGCAAGCAGGGCUGAUGGAUUUCCUGUCAUUGUGAUCGAGGGACUGGACGCCACAGGUAAAACUACUCUCACAGAAGCCCUGCGGGAGUCUCUGAAUGCUACUCUGCUGAAAUCUCCUCCCCAGUGCCUGGCUCCUUUCAGACAGCGCUUUGACUCAGAACCACCCCUCAUCCGCAGGGCCUUUUACGCUCUGGGGAACUACAUCACUGCUGCCCACAUCGGAAAAGAGUCCUUGAGGGCUCCUGUCAUAGUGGACAGGUAGAGAUGUGUUACAUAAAACUAUCAGAUUUCAUUUAUUGCCACAGCAGUUGGUGGAAGAGUUGAAAACCUCCCAAAGCCAGGCUCAGAGUUCUACCGGUGGCCAGAAGACCUGCUCCAACCAAACCUAGUGCUGCUCCUCACAGUCAGUCCAGAAGAAAGACUGAGAAGACUCAGGGACAGGGGACAGGACAAGACUGUCGAGGAGGCUGAACUGGAGAUCAAUCAGCUCUUCCGAUUUAAAGUGGAAGAAGCUUACAAGAGAAUCCAGAAUCCUGCCUGCAUCAUCGUGGAUGCAAGCCCCUCUCCACAAGAAGUGCUGCAACAAGUGCAGCAUUUAUUUAGGAACAAAUGUCACAUGUAAACAACCAGCUCCCUACCCGAUGAGGCAAGAAGCAAUGCAAUCCCUCCGCGCACCACUAGAUGGUAGUGUAGUGUUACGAUUCCACCCCCGGUCAACUGAGCUUGUUGAUUGAAAGGGAAGCUGGUGGCUGACUGCCAGCAUAUAUUUCAGGGCUCCUAUCUGGACAUGUCACAACAUAUUCCCCUUCCCACAGAGCUUUAGUGAUGACACGAGGGGGAAAGUUAUUGCGGGUACGUAGCUGGGUGUCAGCUCUCAUACGCAGGGUCACAGCGUCCACUUUCCUCAUUCUGACUUAUUCCCAGUGAAACACAGGAACUCAGCUAAAGAGGUUUGAGAAUUCAUCAAUCACUUCAAUUAGAUUUAAACACAAGAACUCAUUGUUGGUCAGCUCGGUGUUCACUCCUUCAGGAGAUGGAAUCAAGGGACCUUAUGGAGGUAUUAAAAGCAAUAGAUCUGAUACAGGCAAUUUAAACUCGCUUUGAUUUGUUGCUGUUGCUUUUGGACACAGAAUCUGAUCAUUAAUUAAGAGUGAUAUGCUAGGACAAAAAUGUACACUGUAACUCAGAGUUCAGUUCCAGAUUCCAUAAAGUCUGUUUAUUGUAAUAAAAUAAUCAGCUAAGAAUAAAUUGUAAUGUAAUACAAAUCUUUUAAAUAUGUUA